AUGACGGUGGUUUACAAGACCCCAAGCCUUAGAACAAGUACCAACUACAAUUACGUCAACAUGGCGGUAUCAGAUUUCCUUUCUGGUGUUACAUUAUGGCCACUAUACCUCACUGACGAGAUAAUAACACAGCGAGGAAGCCUGAUUAAAGGCUCAAUGGCCACUGUCGGGUGUAAAGUUGGGGUGUACGUGAGGGUAGUCUCCACAUCAGUCUCUAUUCUCAGUUUGGUGUUGAUUGCAACCGACAGAUACUUUGCUAUUGUAUUUUCCUUAAAAAGUUCAAUUCUACUGUCACGAAGAGUUAGAAUAACUGCGCUAGUAGCAACGUGGGUAAUAUCGAUGGGCUAUUGCUUCCCUAUGAUAUAUUUCUCCAAAGUGGAAGACGUGGGAGAAGAGCGUUUCUGCAGAUUUGCGUGGAACGAUACUGGUGCUAUCAUAAAAUCUAUUACGUCAGUGGAAUUUCUAUGA